AUGAGAUUACUCAUUUCGAAACGUCAAAAGCAUGAGUAUUAUUACGUCAUCCGUGAGAGCACGGCCCUCUCACCCCGAGAACAGACCCAUCAAUGCUUCUCGCUCAACUCGCCUCCGAGCAAGGUCGUAUCGCCACUUAGCGCGGGAGAGGAGGAGAGGCUAAACAAUGUAACUGCCCUCACUGAGGGAUCAGAGGUGAAAAGGGUGAGCAGAUUCAAGUUCCUGGGUGUCAACAUCUCUGAAGAUCUACCUCAGGCUCAAUGUAAUGACGCAAUUACAAAGAAGGUGCAACAGUGGCUGUAUUUCAUAAGGAGCUCAAGGAGAUUUGGUGUGCGUUCAAAGACUCUUGCAAAUUUCUACAGAUGCACCACGGAGAGCAUUCUAGCCGUUUACAUCGUUGUCUGGUACGGAGGAGCCCCUGCACAGGAUUGGAGAGAGAAGCAGAAAGUUGUGAGCUCAGCCAGCUCUGUCAUGGGCAUUGAGAACUUCUUCAAAAGGCGGUGCCUCAAAAUUGUGGCAUCUGUCACUAAGGACCCCCAUCACCCAGAACAUGCUCUCUUUUCAUUGCUAUCAUCAGGGAGAAGGUGCAGGAGCCUGAAGAUGUACACUCAAUAUUUCAGGAAGCGUUUCCUCUCCACUGCCAUCAGAAUUCUGAAUGGACAAUGAACCUGUGUACACUACCACACCACUCGUUUUCGUCUCUUUUUGCACUUCUUAUUUGAUUUAAUCAUAUUGUAAUUAUUGUAAUUUUUAUUUUUAAAUUAUGUAUUGUAUUGUACUGCUGCUGCAAAACCACAAGUUUUAUGACAUAUGCCAAUGAUAUUAAAUCUGAUUCUAAUUCUUAUUCCCAUCACUAUUCAUCCACAUUGCAAAUUUACACUGUAAUACCAUUUUAUUGAUUCUGCAAUAAUGCUUUUUUUUUGCAUUUCACUCAGCUUUUCACUUUAGAAUAUUUUGCUUUCCAAAACAUUUUGCGGAACAUGUUCAGAGUCAUAGAAGAGCACUGCACAAAAACAGACCCUUUGGCUCAUCUAGUCCAUGCCGAAACCAUUUAAGCUGCCUACUCUCAUCAACCCGCACUGAAGGAAUAGCAUUAACAUCCAUGUACCUAUCCAAACUUCUCUUAAGCAUAGAAAUUGAGCUGGCACGCACACUUGCCCUUGCAGCUCAUUCUACAUUUUCACAUCUCUCUGAGUGAACAAGUUUCCCCUCAUGUCCCCCUUAAACUUUUAACCUUUCACCCUUAACCCAUAACCUUUAAUUGUUGUCCCACCCAACCUCAGCAGAAAUAGCCUGCUUGUAUCUACCUUGUCUAUCCCCCUCAUAAUUUUGUGUACCUUUAUCAAAUCUCCACUCAAUCUUCUACGUUCCAAGGAAGAAAGCCCUAGCCUAUACAGUUUUGCCUUGUAUCUCUCCAGUUCCAGCACCAUUCUUAUAAAUUUUCUCUGUACUCCUUCAACUUUAUUUACAAUUUUCCUGUAGGUAGGAGACCAAAAGUACACACAAUACUCCAAAUUAGGCCUGUGCAACAUCUUAUACAACUUCGGUCUAACAUCCCAUGUCCUGUACUUCCCUCACAAGUUGAGACAUCACUGUAAUUGGUACUAUUAACUGCUGAAAACACUUAAGUCAAGCGGCGUCUUAAGAGAAAGAAAUAUUUCAUUGCUGCCCUUUCCAGUCCUUUUCCAGCUCUUUUGAAUUUUAUCCCAGAUUUCCUACAUCUGCAGUGUUUUACUCUACAGAAUCACAUAGAGUGGUAGGAAGUGAGAAAUGAUUUGCUUCAGUAAACUAGCAAAUAAUUUUCAGUCCUCUUCACACCUAGUUCAAAUGUUUAUUUGAUAGAAGUUACUGUGAGGUGCCUUGGGGAUGUUUUCAUACUUUGAGUGCCAUACAAGUGAAAGUUUUUGAUGUCACUAAAAUAGCCGGCAAUGUAUUCCAAAGCCCUCACAACCAGCGACAGAGAUUUUAAUGAUGAUUUUCUUUUAAUCUUUUAGGCAAAGACUAAAAGUAAUUGACAUAGUAAGGUCCAGCAAGCAGCAAAAUUCUGAUCAAAGUUCACUGACUCUUUUUCUCUCUCCAUAGAUGCUGCCUGACCUGUUGAGUAUCUCUAGCAUUUUCUGUUUCUGUUUCAAAUUUCCAAUGUCUGCAGUAUUUUUGUCAUGACCACGGACUCCGUGCCCCUGCCCUCCACCCCCACCCCCCGUAGAUGGCUGCAUGUCAGGUUGGGCAAUUGCACUCAUGAAUAUGCACAUUUCAGCUAAUUACAAUCUCAUUAUGAUGGUAUUUAACUCUUUUCAUUCAAUGGUCUUUUCAUUCUUGAGAUUUGAUGUAAAACGUGCUAAUGUUUACGCUCCCUCCAUACACUAAUACUUGUCCGGGAAAGAAGACUACCACUUCAAUUGAAGCUGUA